UUCCAUCCCAAAAACCGAGCUGGUGUUAUGUUAUACCUCCUACUCGCCAAGUAAGAAGCUGCAAACUAUAGACAGUAACAAGUUCGAUUUUUUGGAGUUAAAGUUUAAAAUGAGUCAAUUAGGGAAUCUGGUUCAGAUAUGUUCACAAAACAGGAAAGGGUUCCUGUGUGCAGCAGGGGUGAGUUUAGGUGUUAUUGGUGUCGGGAUCCUGAUAAAAUCACUUGUAAAGAGAAGGCAGAGGAAACUGAUUCAGGUCGGAGUUGUGUCAGAGCUGUGCAUUUAUCCCAUUAAAUCGUGCAAAGGAAUCUCUGUAAAUACAGCAGAAUGUCUGGAAAUGGGGCUGAAAUACGGGGAGCUCAGAGACAGACACUGGCUGGUGAUACAAGAGGAUGGACACAAGGUGACUGGCAGACAGGAGCCUCGGUUGGUUUUGCUUACAGUGUCCAGUGAUGACGUAUACCUGUACCUAAAUGCACCUGAAAUGGAGGAGCUCCAAGUUCCUAUUAAACUUUCCAGGUCAAAUUCAGUAAAAGACUGUAGAGUGUGGGGCAGUGACAUCCAGGGCAGAGACUGUGGAGAAGAGGCCUCCCGCUGGAUCACUCGCUACCUGAACAAUGAAAAGACAUUCCGUCUGGUGCAGUAUGAGCUUGAUAUGCAACCCAGAAGACCACAUGAUACAGAAAAGAGAUUCAAGCCAAACGAUAAGGUUGCCUACCCUGACUACAGUCCUAUCAUGUUGCUAUCUGAGGCUUCCCUGGAGGAUCUGAACACCAGGCUGGAGAAGAAGGUUGAGAUGAGACACUUCAGGCCUAGUAUUAUUGUCACAGGUUGUGAUGCCUUUGCAGAGGACUCAUGGCACGAGCUACAGAUUGGUGGCACCUGUCUCCGCCGUGUCAUGGCAUGUGGGAGAUGCAUUUUCACAACUGUUGAUCCUAACACUGGGGUCAUUGACAGAAAACAACCUCUUGAAACACUGAAAAGCUACCGGAAGUGUGAUCCAUCAGAGCAACACCUAUACAAAUCAGCCCCGCUGUUUGGACAGUGCUAUGGUGUUGACCAAACUGGAAUUCUUCAUGUUGGCGAUCCUGUGUACAAGAUAAUUUACUAAAGGAGCAAUUGGAAGCAAGUCAAUAAUUACUUGAUUUGAGUGUUCUCAGCAUUAAGUUGCCAGUGAGAAUAACAAAUAUCUUCAAACAACAAUUAUUAAUAUUAGAGCUGUCAGAAAGUUGUAGUUUCACUACUUGUUGGUGACUAGUUUACAUUUGUGCUAAAACUCCCCCCCAGUACACUAAUACAUAUUGCAAAUAACUAGUUUUGCUUAACUGACAAGAAAUAUAAUUCUGUCCCAGAUUCACCAAGCUAAAUAAAAUGUCUGUGUAAAUGAUAAUAAAUGAUCUGUGGAAAUAAAAACAAGUAAUCUAUGAUGUGUGUUAACCAUGUGAGUGUGAAUUAAGUACACAAUUUAUAAAGGCUAUUCAGUAUUAAUGAUU